AUUCAAGAAAGAGAAUGAGCUGCAAGGCUAUUAGGCCUCCAGCAAGGUUUGAAGCAUCAAAGCUGAAAGUUGUGUUUGUGGGAGAACAAGUGAGCAAUCAAACUAGAGUGGUGCCAAGAACCUACACCCUCUCCCACUGCGACUUCACUGCCGAUCUCACCCUAACCGUGUCAAACAUAAUCCCCCGCGAUCAAUUGAAAGGCUGGUAUAGUAAAGACGACGUCGUUGCUGAAUGGACUAACGUCAAUGGUGAACCCGUUCCUCAACAUUCACUGCUAUGUCAGUGGACCAAACCCUUUAUCAGCCAUGGCUGCAGAGUUUAG